GCCCUCCCAGUUUCCGCGCGCCUCUUUGGCAUCUGGUCACAUGGUGAGGGUGGGGGUGAGGGGGCCUCUCUAGCCUGCGGCCUGUGUCUAUGGUCGGGCCCUCUGCGUCCAGCUGCCCGGGACCGAGCUCGGGUGUAUGGGGCCGCAGGAACCGGCUCCGGGGCCCCGAUAACGGGCCGCCGCCGCAGCACCCCGGCCUGGUGUGAGGGUCUCCCUUGAUCUGAGAAUGGCUACCUCUCGAUAUGAGCCAGUGGCUGAAAUUGGUGUCGGUGCCUACGGGACAGUGUACAAGGCCCGUGAUCCCCACAGUGGCCACUUUGUGGCCCUCAAGAGUGUGAGAGUUCCCAAUGGAGGAGCUGGAGGAGGCCUUCCCGUCAGCACAGUUCGUGAAGUGGCCUUACUGAGGCGACUGGAAGCUUUUGAGCAUCCCAACGUUGUCCGGCUGAUGGAUGUCUGUGCCACAUCCCGAACUGACCGAGAGAUCAAGGUAACCCUGGUGUUUGAGCAUGUAGACCAAGAUCUAAGGACGUAUCUGGACAAGGCACCCCCACCAGGCUUGCCAGCCGAGACCAUCAAGGAUCUGAUGCGCCAGUUUCUAAGAGGCCUAGAUUUUCUUCAUGCCAAUUGCAUCGUUCACCGAGAUCUGAAGCCAGAGAACAUUCUGGUGACAAGUGGUGGAACAGUCAAGCUGGCUGACUUUGGCCUGGCCAGAAUCUACAGCUACCAGAUGGCACUUACACCCGUGGUUGUCCCACUCUGGUACCGAGCUCCGGAAGUUCUUCUGCAGUCCACAUAUGCAACACCCAUGGACAUGUGGAGUGUUGGCUGUAUCUUUGCUGAGAUGUUUCGUGGAAAGCCUCUCUUCUGCAGAAACUCUGAAGCUGACCAGUUGGGUAAAAUCUUUGACCUGAUGGGGCUGCCUCCAGAGGAUGACUGGCCUCAAGAUGUAUCUCUGCCCCGUGGAGCCUUUCACCCCAGAGGGCCCCGCCCAGUGCAGUCGGUGGUACCUGAGAUGGAGGAGUUGGGAGCACAUCUGCUGCUGGAAAUGCUGACUUUUAACCCACACAAGCGAAUCUCUGCCUUCCGAGCUCUGCAGCACUCUUAUCUACAUAAGGAUGAAGGUAAUCCGGAGUGAGCAAUGAAGUGGCUGCCAUGGAAGGAAGAAAAGCUGCCGUUUCCCCUCUGGACACUGAGAGGGCAGUCUCUGCCUUUGUCUCUGAGGCUGUGGAGGCUCCACCUCCAUCUUUCUACAGAGAUUACUUUGCUGCCUUAAUGACAUUCCCCUCCUACCUCUCCUUCUGAGGCCUCUCCUUCUGCCCCCCUAUUUCUCUACACUAAGGGGUAUGUUCCCUCGUGUCCCUUUCCCUACCUUUAUAUUGGGGGUCUCUUUUUAUACAGGAAAAACAAAACAAAGAAAAAAUGGUCUUUUUUUCUUUUUUU